ACACUUCACAGUCAGUGUUGGAGUCACUGCAAAUAACUUUCACUGAAAGACAACGGUGGUAUUUAAAAUUCAGGCUGCAAAGGCAACUAACUCAGAUUCUCGUCGCUGGACAAACCGAGGGCUAUCAUGUCGUCAUAUGCUGCACUGAUUAAGGAAAGAAAGGAAAUGGCAUCAGCCAUUGCCCGCGAAGCCCACGGGGAGAUGGAAGAGGUGCCUCACCUGGAUCUGGGGAAGAAGGUCAGUGUUCCUCAGGAUGUGAUGAUGGAAGAGCUCGCACUACUUGCCAACAAAGGCUCCAAGAUGUUCCACAUGCGGCAGAAGAGGGUUGACAAGUUCACUGUGGAAGGGACCCCAGGAGCUCAGGCUCGGGUGAAUGUCAAUGGAACAGUCCCUCAGGAGGAGGGAGGGAAGGAAAACUACAGGUCGGAAAUCUAUAUCACAAAAGCUGGCUCGAAAGGGCCUGGGCCAGCCGUUGCCCCGAAACCCUUCGGAAAACUGUCUGCAGCCAAGAACAUCAAUGUCAUUCUGAACCCCAGCAUCAUUGCCCCUGGUUAUUCUGGUCCUUUGAAGGAAAUUCCACCUGAGAAGUUCAACAUCACAGCCAUUCCCAAGUCAUACCAAUCACCCUGGGCUGAAGCACUGAUGGAUCAACCUGAUCUCUUGGAAUCCAUGGUUAACCAGCUUCCAGAGGUUCCAGUUAAAGUUCAAUCAGAAACCUACAGGUGCUUCAACAGGGCCCCCACCCCUUUCGGCGUUCCUGGUGGUCACAGGAGGUUGCUGGACCCAGCGAGUUUCGAACCCGCGGAGAUCCCGGAGGAACCGGAGGAAGUGGAGGUGGAGGUGGAGCGUUUUGCAAACAGACCCAGCUUCAACAGGCUGGCUCGGGGCUGGUCCGGGCCCCCCAUCCCUGAAUCCGCCGAUCUGUGAGAAACUCCAGCAUCAGGAACACCAAGGUCACUCCCCCAGGAGAUCAUCAGCUGCUGUUAGGAACCGGUCCAGGCAGCGAGAGGGGCUGCUGUCUGUCAAUUUAAAUCAGAAUUCACUCCCCUCUUCACAGUCCCAGAAAGAAAGAAAGAAAAAUCUUUAAAUUAAUACAACCCUGUGAUGUUUAAACAGGACUGAAGGGGAAGUGCCUGACAGUACUGCUUGGUGAAGCUGUUAAUCACAUUAAUAUACAUUAAAGAAUCUAC